AUGGUCGUCGGCGGCUGGGAAAACGCCGUGCGUAGAGCCGCAGAUCGCGGUCUGCAGACGCUGAAGGUCAAUUGGCAUCUCGGCUUCACUUCAUUUGGUGGACCGCCUGUCCACUUCAAGAUUUUCCAUGAUAAAUUCGUUAACAAAUUGGCUUGGAUCGAUGAGCAAAUUUACCAAGAGCUGUUCAGCGUCGCUCAGGCCCUCUCCGGUCCGGGAAGCACCAAGAUGCUGUACUGCAUCAACUUGAUCCAUAGCGGAGUACUCGAAGCUAUCUUUGCGUUUCUUAUUUGGAGCUUACCCGGUUGCUUUGGCAUGUUUGGCCUCUCAAUUGGCGUCUCCAACAUCGGCGACACCCUACCUCGCGCGGUAUACGCCCUCCUAUCAGGUCUGAACGCCGCGACAGUCGGGAUCAUCGCCUUAGCAGCAGUUGAGCUUUCAGACAAAGCAAUCACGGAUCAACCUACUAGACUGGUCUUGUCAAUCACAGCCGCUGCCGGAAUGCUGUAUAAUGCUCUCUGGUACUUCCCUGCGCUCAUUGUUGCAGGCGGAUGUUGCAUUGUCAUUUACGACUACCGCUGGCUACGCCGUCCGGUUCGAGCUGUCAAGAACACUAUUCUUCGGGUGAGAAGAGGAAGGCCUACCGGAAAUGAGAACAUCCAGGGCGCUGAGAACGGAACGGGCAACGUCAAUAGUUCAACAGUUGCUCUUCGCGAACAGGAAUCUACCGAGCAGAGAGAUGGCGAACCUAGAGUCGUACCCCAGGAAUAUCGCCUCAACUUCUCAUGGAAAUCCGGCACCGCGAUCAUCGCAGUGUUCCUUGUCAGCUUCAUCGUCGUCAUUGUCCUACGAGCCACACUGACCGAUACACCACUCCUCUACAAGCUCUUUGCAAAUUUGUAUCUCGCUGGGACUAUCAUCUUUGGAGGUGGUCCUGUCGUCAUUCCCCUGCUUCGCGAGUACAUCGUCGCUGAGGGUUGGGUUACACCGCGUGACUUUCUCAUUGGUCUAGCUAUAGCCCAAGCUUUCCCUGGACCAAACUUUAACUUUGCUGUGUUCCUGGGUGGCCUUACAGCUGCGAACAAUGGAUAUCCUGCCAUUGCGGGAGCGCUGAUUGCCUACCUCGGUAUAUUUGUCCCCGGUAUGGUUCUCGUUCAUGGAACAAUGGGUGUAUGGGGAGUUUUGAGAUCUCGACGCUGGGUUAAGUCUGCGGUGCGAGGCAUCAAUGCCGGUGCUGUUGGAUUGAUCUACACGGCUGUCUAUAGGAUUUGGCAGGUUGGAUAUAUAGAUCAGGGCUUCCAGUCUGGCAAGAGUCUUGCUGACGAUCCUUGGUGGGUUGUUGUUACUGCAACGGCUUUUGUGGGGGGACGAUUCUUUGGUGUCGCACCGCCGUUGGCGAUUCUACUUGGUGCUUCGUUGGGGUUACUGAGGUAUGGCAUUGUUACAGCAUGA